CGGCGGUCCACGCGCAUGCGCCAGGCCUCCUCCGUUUCAUCAGGAGGAUAUUAUAAGGACAGCCCGGAGAGCGGAGCCUGGUUCAGUCUACAAGAUCUGGACCGGACCGAGCGUACUGGAAGCGCGUUUGUAAAGGCGGAUGAGAUGCAGGACAAAAAGAAAAAGAAGGAUGAAAACUCCUCCAAGAGCGACAGAGUCACCCUGAAAAAAGAAAUUGGACUUCUGAGCGCUUGCGCUAUUAUCAUCGGGAACAUCAUCGGCUCUGGCAUUUUCAUCUCACCUAAAGGAGUGUUGGAGCAUGCAGGCUCAGUGGGGCUGUCACUCAUCGUGUGGGUUUGUGGAGGGGGGAUCUGUGCCCUUGGGUCCCUGUGCUAUGCUGAACUGGGUGUCACCAUCCCAAAGUCUGGAGGAGACUACUCUUAUGUGACAGAAAUCUUUGGAGGUCUAGUAGGCUUCCUCUUGUUAUGGAGUGCUGUCCUCAUCAUGUAUCCAACCACGCUGGCUGUGAUUGCGCUCACCUUCUCCAAUUACGUCUUGCAGCCGGCCUUUCAGAACUGCCUACCUCCAUUCAUCGCCACCAGGCUCCUCGCCACCAUCUGUAUCUUGUUCCUGACCUGGGUGAACUGCUCCAGUGUGCGCUGGGCGACGAGAAUCCAGGAUGUUUUCACUGUGGGAAAACUCCUUGCUCUAGUACUCAUCAUAGUGGUAGGGCUCGUCCAAAUCAGUAGAGGUCAUUAUGAUGCCCUGCGACCCAGUGUGGCUUUCGAAUUUAGUGAGGACCCCUCUGUGGGACAGAUAGCUCUGGCCUUCCUUCAGGCCUCCUUUGCCUACAGUGGCUGGAAUUUCCUCAACUAUGUCACAGAGGAGGUUGUGGAGCCACGCAAGAACCUGCCCCGUGCCAUAUAUGUCUCCAUCCCUCUGGUGACCCUGGUCUACACUAUGACUAACAUUGCCUACUUCUCUUCCAUGACCCCACAGGAGCUGCUUGCUUCUAAUGCUGUUGCAGUGACAUUUGGGGAAAAGCUCCUGGGGAUGUUUUCCUGGGUGAUGCCGAUCUCUGUAGCACUGUCCACCUUUGGAGGAAUUAAUGGAUAUUUGUUCACCUCCUCCAGAUUGUGUUUCUCGGGUGCCAGAGAAGGUCACCUACCUUAUCUGUUGGCUAUGAUCCACCUUAAAAACUGCACGCCAAUCCCUGCACUGCUGCUCUGUUGCAUUGCCACAAUAAUCAUCCUGUGUAUUGGGGAGACACACAACCUGAUCAACUAUGUGUCAUUUAUCAACUAUCUGUCCUAUGGUGUAACCAUCGCUGGCCUCCUCUACCUGCGCAAGAAGAGACCCAACCUGGCCCGACCCAUCAAGGUCAACAUGCUGGUCCCCAUCACCUACAUGAUUUUUUGGGCUGUGCUGCUUGGCUUCAGUCUGUACUCUGAACCAGUGGUUUGUGGCCUGGGAAUGGUCAUCAUGCUGACUGGAGUCCCUGUGUACUUUGUGGGUGUUCAGUGGAAGGAAAAACCCAAAUGGAUCUACAGGUUGCUCGAAAAAGUCACAUACAUGGGCCAGAAGGUGUGUUAUGUGGUGUUUCCUCAGGAAGACCCCUCAGAGACUGAACCCCUCACUGCCUCCAAAGCCACAGACUGAGCAGUGAAGCCAACCAGGAAUUCAUUUUUUACAUGAACACCUGUACUUCCACUUUUUGUUUUGCAGUUUUCCCUAUUGAUUGGUCAGUGAAUUGUUAAGAGAGGGCUGCAGUGUUGAAAGGGCUGUAUGGUUAUACUUAAGGCAUUAGCAUGUUAGUCCUCCUGCUGAGGCAUGUGUUUUAUUUGUUGGUUUGAUGGCAUUGUCCAUCCAUCGUUCUACCCAGUAUGCCAAGUUCUUUUUCUCACACAUCUUCAUCUCAUCUUCUCCCCUCCUCUCAUUUAAACAACUUCCAUUUGCGAUCCUCUAGUUCACUUCCAGGACUUUUACUUUUAUGACUUUAACUAAAUUCUCAUGCUAAUGUGCCUUAUGAAAUGUAUAGUUUAUUGGUUUGUGCGGGUAUUUCGAGUGUGUAGUAUUGUUUAUGAGGUAAAUAUGCAAGCAGUUUCUGCACUUAGCAAUACUUCUUUAUUACUGCUGCUACCUUGAGCUCUGUUUCACUAAUUACUCACGUGAUGUUCAUUGUUGGUCAACUGGAUGAGUAAUUUUUCUCUUUGUAUAUCUGCUUGGCUACAGUAUCUGGCCAUUCUUUUUACUUUACACCCACUGUUGUAUUCUAAAAACAAUAGAUCACUUCUCUUUCCUGAUAUAUACUGUAGGUGCCUUCAUGUUUUCAUUAGAGAGAUUAUCUACGUAACUAUCAUCUUUCCCAGCAAUAUUGACAGCCCAGGCAAGACAGGAGGUAAAGUUUGUUGCUGUCAGUUUGACCAACGUUUCGAGGAAUUAUUAAGAUGAAUCACUACAACGUACGAUGACAGGCUCUCCGUCUGUUUCAAAAGAGUCCUUCUUUGGUGUUCUGAGUUAGGCACUUUAAGACUGUUGAGCUUGUUGCUUUCGAAAUGUUAUCAUCUUUGGGAAUGCCACUGUGAACUCUUUCAAGUUGUUUGACCAGCCAAGACAGUUAUUAGAUUUCAGAUUUCUCACCUGCCUCUAUGGUACAGUAUUUACCAUUAAUGUGUUGCUGGAUAACAUUUGCAGACUCCACACUGACAGACAGAUGGACGGCUGGAACUGCAUGUUUACUCGUGCACAGGCCUGUUCUCACUCCUCCAAAGACACACUGUCCCUGCAAUGACCCCUGGUCCACUGACUUAAUACAGUUGAUUUGAUAAUAGAAUAUUGAUGACCUGAAAUACUGUUUGUGGUCCUAUUGACUCAGCAUAUGGACUUAAAUACUUACAUACUUAGUUAAAUAACUGACAUAAGUUGCAUUUUAUUGUAAUGGUCAAACUGGCACCCUGGCUGUGGUACCAGCACCUUUACAAAGUAUGUUCAGUUACUGUGGCCCAGGAACCAUUGUUGUAGACAUGUUGCAUCUGGGUACUCUCUUAAUAGCACUUGUUUAUAACUGUUAAUGUUGUACAUACAACAGAACAAAUGAAGGUUUGGGCCACUGGCCUAUUUGAACUUUUAAACCAGCACAUUUAAACUUGAAGUGAACAUGGGAUCCUUUUCUAGGCCUGUAGAUGCUGGGAAUUUCUUGUGCAUCAAAUCCUCAAAAAGAGACUUAACUUAAGAUGACACAUCCUGCAUGUCUGCUCUGCCAUGUCCAGGCGCUGUUUGCUCUGAGGUCUGUAAAUACUGUGUUAAAGGAAAUAAACUGCGCGCCAGGGACUACAAAGAUCACAUUCCUCAGACAUGUUGUGAUACAUUUACAUACUGUACAAUUGAUGGGUGUACCUCUGUGUUUUGUAAAAGAGUGUGAAGUUGUACAAUAAUAACAAUAAAAUAAUUGCUCAUUAAAUAUAGCAAAUUAUAAAAAGCAGAACUGA